AUGGUGGAGGACGCCCCCAAUGCUGUCGCUGAGGGCAGCCAGCCCGUGACCCCUGAGGGAUCUGCCAAUGCUGCCCCAGUGGCUGCCACGAGCGCCAAGGCUGCAGAGGUGCUACUCCCGUCGCUCAGCAUCUGGCCGCCGUCUCAGCGCACGCGCACCGCCUUGUGCAGAUGCUCGCGGUGCCCAGCGUCCUCUCUCAGAUCUACAGUGCCGUCCUGA